AGGGAGAAUCCUGUUGAGACAGCAGAACUUUGCUGGACGAGUCCGACAGACAUGCAUCCCAAGGUGUUUGCUUGCCUGCUGCUGGCCGCCCUCGUAGCCACUGGCCUCUCCAAAUGCAUGCCCACAUCCCGCCAGGUGGACAGUCAAACAGAUAAGCACAGGACAGCCAUGUCAGGACCAGAGAGGAUACAGAAGAGUGAUGCUGAGCGGCUCAUCCGACGGGAGUGGCCGGGAGAGCCAUCUUGGUACCAGAAGCAUCUGAUCUCCCAGUUCCUGCCCCAUAUGUAUGCUGCAGAGCUUGCUGGGAAAGAGAAUUCUGUGCAGACGGAUGAUGACUUCCAGAGCUGGAUGGACUUUGGACGCCGAAGCUUAAAGGAUGUGAAUAAAGAUGCCUAAAUGAAUAUUUCUUGCCAAAGCCCCACAGGGUAGGGAGUGGAGGAAGGGAUACAGGUAGUCAUUUCACUUUCAUGUGGUCCCUUUUCAGAUUAUGUCUCAUGCAUAUUUGCAUUAACAUACAAACCACGUAACCCACUGGCAGCCAAUUUAAGUGUGGUAUUUCUUAUUUGUAUAAUAAGGA